AUUUUCCACAAAUAGUUUCUCAUGUUGGUAUUUGCGACUGAAACACAAUGUAACGUCAAAACAAAAUAUUUUGGCCUAAGCAGGAACUCAAAUAAUAUAUAUUGCUUUGCCGAUAAUGUUUUAUUGGCAAAGUUGAUUUUCUGGCAUUUCAGCUUUUAAAACGCAAGUAGAUAUAAGUUUUAUAAAAUAAGUACACAGUUUUUAAUAUUUGUCCAUACCACUAAAAUUUUUAACAUGACAUUUGGAAGCAGUAGAAUGGCACAAAAACGCAGGGCAGCUGCAGAGGCGGCCGCUUUUCCACAAGGGAUUCGUUGUCAGAAAUGCUUGGAAUAUGGACAUUGGAGUUAUCAAUGCACAGGAAAACGCAAAUAUUUACAUAGGGAUUCUAGAACUCAACUUCUUCGUAAAAAAAUUCGUGAUAUGGAGAAUAAAAAUCAGAUAAACAAAUUACCAGCUGAAGUAGAUGAAAAAGUGCAGAGUGGAGAAAAUGAUUCAAAGCAAUUGAAAAAAAAGGUAAAUUCCAAGAUUAAAUCUAAAUUGAAAUCAAAUGGAGAUGAUGACAGUAGCACCUCAAGUUCAAAUAGUUCAGAUAACAGCAGCUCUGACAGUGAUUCCGAUAGUAAUGAUAGUGAUAGCUCUAGCACUAGCUCUUCCUCCACCUCUAGCUCUAGCUCUAGUGGUUCAAGCACUAACUCUUCAAGCAGCAGUUCAAGCUGAUUUUAUUUAUUAUUUAUUUUAUAAAUCAAAAUCAUUUUUUAUACUUGAACAUAGUAUUAAUCAUUUAUCACAAUACUUAAGGCAAAAUUAUGGUUAUUGUAAUUGAAAUUGAGAUAAAUCCUAUAUCCAAUUUUUUUAAUUCAAGAUAAUAAAUUUCUAGUUAAUAAAAAG